AAACUGAAGGAUAGCAUUCCUUAUUACACGUGUCUCCUAAAACAUUGCAAAAUAAAAAUAAAACAGUGUGUUUAGCUGUUUGAUGAGUUCCUGCUCUGACCCAUGAUUCAAAUCUCCACUAUCUCUGUUAUUGCUUGUUCCUCUUCUUCGUUCCUUGUAGUGUUAUUGAUUGCAGCAUGUGACAAAUCUUCCCCCAUUGAAACAACCUUGUCCUCAAGGUUAAAGUGUGGAAAACGAGCUGCGAUUUCCUCUGCAUAUUCCCAAGUAGCAUCUGCAGGGGUCGGAGGUAUUUGUGGCAAGGUAGUCUGCACUGGUUGGCUCCCUACAUGCCUCUUAAGUUGUGGAACAUGGAACACUGGAUGUAUGGCCGAAGAAGGUGGAAGCUCUAGUUUAUACGUCACUUUGCCAAUCUUAUCUAUCACCAGAUUGAGCAUGCUCGCACAAAUUAUCGGAUGCGUUUCUUCUGCCCCUUCUAGUAGAACAAACUGCCCACCUUUUUUGCAGUAG